AUGGGUCCUAUAAACCCUACCCCUUCUAAGUCCCAGGAUGUGCAAAGUAAUGAUAACUCAGUUUCGCAAGUGGAUUUUAAAAAACUUUAUGAUAUAGUGGUGGGUUUGAAGGAAACAAUGGCUGGAUCAAAGCAGACUCUGUCAAAAAAGCCAGGUCAACCUGAGGAUGGUUAUGAUUAUGAUCCAAUAGAAGAUUUGAGAUUACAAUUUGAGCAGUUGGGUGUCAACCAGGCAAUGGCUCGACAAAAAAAAGUGAAGCAAAAGAGUGGUGAGUCAAAGACUCGGGGUUCUACCCCCUCAAAUAAAUCUUCCUCUGGGAGAAAGUCCAAAACUCGUAAAACAAAACAGGGUGAAAAAAUAACUUCCUCUGAUAAAGGACGAAAUAGUGGAGCUAAUUUGAUGGAGAACCUUAAAGCAAACAUCAAAAAUUCAUCUAAUAUAGUUGCGCCUAUUCAGAAACAAAGCUUCAAGUCUCCAAAUCAACCAGAUUUCAGAAAUUACUGA